AUGACUUCUGAAUCUUCUAAACCAAGUAUACUUGUUCUUGGUGGAUUAGGUUUCAUUGGUAGAAAUUUUAUCACAUAUUUGGUUGAGAAUGAACUUGCUUCCGAGAUAAGAGUCGUCGAUAAAGUCUUGACAGAAACUGCUGGUUUAAACACUAAACAGGAAGAGGCGUAUCAAAAAGUUGAAGUCUUACAAAGGAAUUUGGCUAAUCCUACGAUCAUCGAAUCUAUAUUUAAACGAAAGGAUGGGAGUUCAUAUGAUUAUGUGUUCAAUUUAGCAGCUGAAACAAAAUAUUCACAAAAUGAACGAAUUUAUGAAGAGCGUAUUUUUAAUUUAUCAGUUCGUAAUGCAAAAGAAGCUGCCAAGUGUCAAGUUAAAGUUUUUGUAGAAGUUUCAACUGCUGAAAUUUAUCAUGAAGAUGAAAAAAUAAAACCAUGGACAGCUAUUGCAAAAUAUAAACAUAAAGCUGAAGAAGAAUUAAAAAAAAUUGAAGGUCUUAAUCUUGUAAUUUUACGACCUGCUAUAGUUUAUGGACCCGGUGCAACAAUGGGAAUAACAUCUCGUCUUGUAUGUGGUAGAAUCUAUCAGUAUUUAAAUGAAGAAAUGAAAUUUUUAUGGAGUAAAGAUUUGAAAAUCAAUACAGUUCAUGUGCUUGAUGUUUCUCGUGCUAUGUGGCAUAUUGCUGAAUGGUAUCAAGCUAAUGAAAAAGCCGGUAAAGGAACUCUAAUUUAUAAUUUGGCUGAUAUGGGCAACACUGAAAGUAAUGAAAAACAUAUGCGGCCUUGGUCUGAACUAUUAAAGAACAAUAAAAUCAGAAAUACCCCACUUAGUCCUUAUCUAGACAAAGAACUUUUAUAUAAUAAUUCUUUGUCAGUUGAUGGCAAGAAAAUUGUCAAUGAGACCGGAUUUAAUUAUGAGAUUCCGGAAGUUACAGAUGUAAAACUUCAAGAAAUUGUUGAUGAUUUUAUUAAUUUAAAUUUAUGGCCGGCAAAGGAUUAA